AAUGACGGAAACGUGAGGUGGAUUCUAUUCGGGGGUGUGGAGGAGGUGUGGAGGGGUGUUAUAGUAAAGACGGAGGGAGCUGGGACUCUGUCAUUAGGAAGAGAAACGAGCUGAGAGCUAAACGUCUGGUCCAGCGAUUGUCUGCAACUACACAUGAGAUUUCACCUUGUAAACAUGGAGAAGAAAUUGGCUGAGACUCUGACCGAGGCUGGUCAGUCCCAUCUGCUGCAGUUCUGGGACCGGCUAAGUCCAGAGGAACAAGCAGAGCUGGAUCAAGAGCUCAAGGCUAUGGACUUUCAGGAGAUCAACACCUUCUUUAAGAAGGCUAUGGAGACCUCUAGUCAGACCAAGCAAGAGAAGGUGGACAGCAGGAUGGAGCCAGUGCCUCGUGAGGUUCUGGGCAGCGUGACACGUGACCGCGAGUAUCUCAAAGAUUGGGAAGAAGAAGGUCUGCGACGUAUCGCUCAGAAUGAAGUAGCGGUUCUGCUUCUGGCUGGAGGUCAGGGGACCAGACUGGGGGUCACGUACCCUAAAGGCAUGUAUGACGUCGGCCUUCCCUCACACAAAACCCUGUUCCAGAUCCAGGCCGAGCGAAUCAUCAGACUGCAGCAGCUCGCAAAGGAGAAAUACGGCACCGAGUGCUGGAUCCCAUGGUACAUCAUGACGAGCGGAAGAACAAUGGAGUCGACUGAAAAGUUCUUUUCCAAGCACAAGUACUUUGGCCUGAAGAAAGAGAACGUGAUCUUCUUCCAGCAGGGCAUGCUUCCUGCCAUGGACUUCAACGGCAAGAUCAUACUCGAAAGCAAAGGAAAACUCUCCAUGGCACCAGAUGGCAACGGAGGACUUUACCGAGCACUGGGAGUGUAUAAGAUCGUGGAGGACAUGGAGAGAAGAGGAAUCGGCUACAUACACAUCUACUGCGUGGACAACAUCCUGGUGAAGGUGGCCGAUCCUGCCUUCGUUGGGUUUUGUGUGCGCAAAGGAGCGGACUGCGGUGCCAAGGUGGUGGACAAGACUAACCCGACCGAGGCAGUGGGCGUGGUCUGUAAGGUAGACGGUCAGUACCAGGUAGUAGAGUACAGCGAAAUCACAAUGGCAACAGCUGAGAAGCGCAGCGCCGACGGUCGCCUCAUGUUUAACGCCGGCAACGUGGCCAAUCAUUUCUUCACCCUCUCCUUCCUCAAAGACAUUGUCAAUACCCAUGAGCCUCAGCUACAGCACCAUGUGGCUAGGAAGAAAAUCCCCUACGUGGACGCAACAGGCGAGCAGGUCAACCCAGAAAAACCCAACGGAAUCAAGAUGGAAAAAUUUGUGUUCGACAUCUUCCAGUUUGCCAAGAAGUUUGUGGUGUACGAGGUGCUAAGAGAAGAUGAGUUUUCUCCACUGAAGAAUGCAGACAGUCAGGAUGGAAAAGACAAUCCCACGACUGCACGCCAAGCCCUCAUGUCUCUGCACCACCGCUGGAUUCUCAACGCAGGGGGUCAUUUCAUUGACGAGAAUGGAACCCGUGUGCCUGCUAUACCCAGACGUGGACCAGCAGGGGCACUCACAGCUGAUGGCAGACAGAACCUGAAGGACGGAACGGACCUGCCGAUGAAAUGUGAGAUCUCUCCACUUGUAUCCUAUGGAGGAGAGGGAUUGGAGAAGCUGGUGAAGGGGAGAGAAUUCCAUCCAGCACUGAUCAUCAACGAGACCGGAAUCCACGAGUGCGUGAAAAACGGACUGUGAGCUGCAAGCAUGACAAGUCGAAACCGAAGCCAUUUUCCCCCUCCUUCCUCCCUGUUCCUAUAAGGCUGGGAGAAAAUGUGACAUUCAAGUGCAAUAAGAUGAAGGAAAAAGGCCUUCAGGGGCCUCAUGUAAUCCAAAUCAGUCUAUUUAUUUUGCAAAACUUAUUUUUAUAUCAAUACUUUUUUUUUUUUAGUCCUAGAAUAGGAACAUGCAUGUUAGUUAAUAAUUUAUAUGAAUGUGUUUAAGAAUGAAUGUAAUGUAACGUAAUCACAAUGGUACAUGGGUUAAUCUGUCUUUUUUUAACCUGAGAUCAAAAACCGAAAUUUGAGAAGCGGACGCUCUUUAUACCACAUUCUAUACCUUCUGAGUCUUCACCCUCAGCAUCUCCACACACGUUCACCAGUAUAUUUAAUGUUGUUUGCAUUAAAAAAAAAAAAAAUCAGGUUGUAAUGAAUACCAGUAAACACUUUGUGAACACUUUACUCUAUGAACAGAUUCAUGAACAAAUCCAACAGCAAUGAACCAAAUCAAAGAGAGAAACUGUAACAAUGUGGUCAUUAUUUUCAAAAAAAUAAAAAAUGAAGUGGAAUAAAUGCUUUAUAAACUGUU